AUGGCAGGCUUCGACUUCUCCAACUACAAUCGCAACGCGGCUCUGCACGCCAAAGGUGUGCCUCUCCCGAAAGCAACAAGUACUGGUACAACAAUCGUAGGUUGUAUCUUCGAUAAUGGCGUUGUGAUUGCUGCAGAUACCAGAGCUACGAGUGGUCCUAUAGUCGCAGACAAGAACUGCGAGAAACUACACUACAUCGCCCCCAAGAUCUGGUGUGCUGGAGCCGGUACAGCUGCAGACACCGAAUUCACCACCGCCCUGAUUAGCUCCAAUGUCGAACUGCACGCUCUGUCGACGGGCCGGCCCCCACGAGUAAUCACCUGCAUGACCAUGUUGAAGCAGCACCUCUUCCGAUACCAGGGACACAUCGGCGCCUAUCUGGUCGUCGCAGGCGUUGAUCCGACAGGCGUCGGUCUUUUCACCGUCCACGCCCACGGUUCAACCGACAAGCUCCCCUACGUUACCAUGGGCUCUGGCUCGCUGGCCGCCAUGUCUGUUUUCGAGUCGAUGUGGAAACCGCAGCUGAACCGCGAAGAGGCUAUCGCUCUGGCUUCGGAAGCUAUCAAAGCCGGUAUCUUCAACGACUUGGGCUCCGGUAGCAACGUUGACGUGUGCGUCAUCCAGAACGAUAAGCCCACGCAGCUACUGCGCAACUACAUCAAGCCCAACGAGCGUGGUGAGAAAGAGCGCAACUACCGCUUCCCUAAGGGCACAACGGCCUACCUGAACGAGAAGAUCAUCAGCAAAGAGGACAUGAGAAAAUAUGUGACUGUGGAGGAUGUCUCUGGGGAUCCAAAUCUCAUGGAGGUAGAUUCGUGA